UUGUAUGUUUUUAAAACAAUAGAUAACGAAAUUUUGAAUUAUGUUCAGUUGUUCAAUUCAAAAAUGUCAUUGGUUCAUACGCAUGACGUCAUAAUAUAAUCGAUUAUACAUAUUGUCGAGAAUCGAUUUGUCUCCAGAUUUAGUUUCGUAUAUAACGUGAAAACGCAUAUUUGGUAGUGAUAUUAAAUAAUAAAUAUUUAUUUAAAAAAUUAAUAUGCCAUCAACAACCGAUGACGAUCCUUAUGCACAUGUAGCAAAAGGACUGUUAAGACUCAAAAAUGAUCAAAGCGUGAGUAAAAAAAAAAAGAAUAAAGAAGAAAAAAAAAAACUGGUAGAAGUGACGAAAAUUAUAGAAGAAGAAAAACCCAAAAUAGUAGAAAUUAAACGAACAAAAGCUGAAAUAGCAUUUCAAAAAAUGCAAGAAAAAAUGCAAACUGAGCGAAUAAAGCAAAAAGCUUCAAUGACACAUAAACAACGGGUAGAAGAAUUUAACAGGCAUUUAGACAGUUUAACAGAACACUUUGAUAUACCAAAAGUUAGCUGGACAAAAUAAUUUUUAUAUAAUUUUUUGUUUUUACUUUAUUCGUAAACAUAUAUAAAGUAUAAAAUGUAAGUAUAAA